AAAUCUUCAAUUUUCGUCAAUUCCAAACCACCACAAUCCGUCGCAAACCAAUCUCCAUCGCUCCGAUCCAGAUUCCAAUGGACGCUACCGAACAAUCUCUCCGUCAAUCGCUAUCGGAAAAAUCGUCCUCCGUCGAAGCUCAGGGUAACGCCGUCCGAGCUCUCAAGGCCUCCCGUGCAGCUAAACCGGAGAUCGAUGCCGCCAUUGAGCUACUCAACAAAUUGAAGCUCGAGAAAUCAGCGGUGGAGAAGGAGCUUCAGUCCACGAUUAGUGGCUCCGGUAACGGUUCACUUGACCGUGAGGCUUUUCGAAAAGCUGUAGUCAAUACUCUCGAGCGGCGUUUGUUCUAUAUCCCUUCUUUCAAGAUCUACAGUGGCGUCGCUGGACUUUUUUAUUAUGGUCCUCCUGGAUGUGCUGUUAAAUCCAAUGUCCUGAGCUUUUGGCGUCAACAUUUCGUUCUUGAGGAGAACAUGCUAGAAGUUGAUUGUACAUGUGUGACACCAGAGGUUGUUCUCAAGGCAUCUGGGCAUGUGGAUAAGUUCACUGAUCUUAUGGUUAACGAUGAGAAAACUGGAACAUGCUACCGUGCCGACCACUUGCUCAAAGAUUAUUGCACCGAGAAGCUGGAGAAAGAUCUUACAAUCUCUGCUGAGAAAGCUGCUGAAUUGAAGGAUGUUCUUGCUGUUAUGGAGGAUUUUUCUGCUGAACAGCUUGGUGCCAAGAUAAAGGAGUAUGGGAUCACUGCUCCAGACACGAAAAAUCCACUUUCUGAUCCUUACCCGUUUAACUUGAUGUUUAAAACAUCCAUUGGCCCAUCUGGUUUGACUCCUGGUUACAUGCGUCCUGAAACUGCCCAAGGCAUUUUUGUGAACUUUAAGGAGUUGUACUAUUACAAUGGGAAGAAACUUCCUUUUGCUGCGGCUCAAAUUGGUCAAGCCUUUAGAAAUGAGAUAUCUCCUCGACAAGGGCUUCUUAGAGUUCGUGAAUUCACGCUGGCAGAAAUUGAACACUUUGUUGAUCCUGAGAAUAAGUCACAUCCGAAGUUCUCUGAUGUAGCAAAAUUGGAAUUCCUUAUGUUCCCAAGGGAGGAACAAAUGUCUGGCCAAUCUGCAAAAAAACUAUGCCUUGGCGAAGCUGUGGCCAAGGGUACUGUGAACAAUGAAACUCUGGGAUACUUCAUUGGGAGAGUGUAUCUUUUCCUUACUCGUCUUAGCAUAGACAAGGAACGGCUGCGCUUCCGUCAGCAUCUAGCAAAUGAAAUGGCCCACUAUGCAGCAGAUUGUUGGGAUGCUGAAAUUGAGAGUUCAUAUGGGUGGAUUGAAUGUGUUGGUAUUGCAGAUAGGUCUGCAUACGACUUACUUGCUCACUCUGAAAAAAGUAACACUCCUCUAGUGGCUGAAGAGAAAUUUGCAGAAGCUAAAGAAGUAGAGAAAGUUAAGAUAACUCCUGUGAAGAAAGAACUGGGUCUUGCAUUUAAGGGGAAUCAAAAGAAUGUGGUUGAAGCAUUGGAGGCGAUGAAUGAGCAAGAAGCUAUGGAGAUGAAGGCAACCCUGGAAUCCAAAGGAGAAGUGGAUUUUAAAGUGUGUACCCUUGGGAAAGACGUGAACAUCAAGAAGAACAUGGUGUCAAUCUCAAAGGAGAUGACGAAAGUGCACCAGCGGGUUUUCACUCCAUCAGUGAUUGAACCAUCAUUUGGGAUUGGUCGAAUCAUAUAUUGUCUGUACGAGCAUUGCUUCAGCACAAGGCCAAGCAAAGCAGGAGAUGAACAGUUAAAUGUCUUCCGUUUCCCUCCUCUUGUAGCACCGAUCAAGUGCACGGUUUUCCCGCUUAUUCAGAAGCAACAAUUCGAGGAAGCAGCCAAAGUGAUUUCCAAGGAACUCGCUUCUGUCGGUAUCUCACAUAAGAUUGACAUCACUGGUACAUCAAUAGGGAAAAGAUAUGCGAGAACCGAUGAGCUUGGAGUGCCAUUUGCAAUAACAGUGGACUCAGACACAUCAGUGACCAUCAGAGAAAGAGACAGCAAAGAUCAAGUGUGUGUCACCUUGAAGGAGGCAGCUUCCGUUGAGAGGAAGUUGCCUAUGUCUCUUUUAACUCAUAACAAGAAGCAAUCGAGAGUUCAUUUACUUGACAUGGAGCCUUUUCAAGAUGCUUUUGGAAGGAAGACUAAAAGGAAGAGACCAAAGCUUGUGGCUUCUGAUUAUGAAGCCUUGGUGAAGAAAGCAGCUGAAUCUCAGGAUGCAUAUGAGGAGAAAAAUGGGGUUGGUCCUUCUGGUGAAGGAGGAGAAGAAGAAGAUGGGUUUAGAGACUUGGUGAGGCAUACUAUGUUUGAAAAGGGACAGAGUAAGCGUAUUUGGGGUGAGCGUUACAAAGUCAUUGACUCCUCUGAUGUAGUUGUCCAGGUUUUAGAUGCUAGGGAUCCACAAGGUACUAGGUGUCAUCAUUUAGAGAAAACUUUGAAAGAGCAUCACAAGCAUAAACACAUGAUUCUAUUGUUGAACAAGGUUAGUUGUUUUCAUCUUUUGGAAACCAGCUAGCUUAAGUUAACUGUUCCUAUUGUAAAGUUACUUUCUAAGUAUCUUAAUGUGUCUUUUCCGUUUGUGCUUUUAAGUGUGAUCUUGUGCCGACUUGGGCUACAAAAGGAUGGUUGAGAAUAUUAUCAAAGGAAUAUCCAACUCUAGCGUUCCAUGCAAGUAUU